CAGUGGUGAGGAUAAGCUCGUGCAUUUGGUCGCAGAUCACGUGGUGUUUAGACAACUUUUAAAAUAAAUAAAGUACUUUGAUUUGUUUAAAGAACCUUAACAGAAAACGUACAGACCUACUCGGAUAAUUUUCCCCAUCAAGGCUAAAUUUAUUUUGUUAGUUAUUUAAAAGGGAGAAAAAAUAAUGAAUGCGCAACAAAUGUUGAAUAUAACUAAUUGUGAGAACGGCACUGCACUAUUCAACUCAUCAAUCGACGAACUGAUCAACCUGUGUGAUGACGUCAUCACGCGGGAGACAUGGGCAGGUGCAGAGGAACCUGUACAGAAGAUGGUGCAGCAACCCCCUCUGGUGGAGUCCAACUUCCCCAUGGCCGUGGUCUACAUCGUCCUCAUGGUCUCAGCCCUCGCCAUCGGCUCCACGGGGAACGUCCUGAUUCUCGUGACCAGCGCGUGCUUCAAGAGUCUCAGGAAGAGCGGCUUCAUCUUUAUCAUCAACUUGGCCAUGGCUGACCUCUGUGUGGCUGGGAUAGCUGACCCCAUGUGUGUUAUAGCCGUCCUGAAGGGCGAGGCGUGGUUCAACGACAAACAAUGGCUGUGUGAGACAGUGGCCGUCAUGUGCUUGACCGCGUGUUUCUGUGCCUUCUUGAGCCUGACCCUGGCCAGCUUAAACAGGUACGUGUUUGUGUGUCACAACGCCAUGUACAGCCGUAUCUUCACCAAGAAAAUGUGUACCCUCAUGUGUAUAGCAGCCUGGACCAUCGCCUUCUUCUUCGAGUUUCCUAACCUCACAGGUUGGGGUCGGCACUCCUUCGACAAGAAGAGCAACCAGUGUAUCUGGGAUAGAACCGCCAGCCUCUCCUACACCGUCAUCGUGUCUGUGGGUCUCAUCGGCACCCCGCUCUUCACCAUGGGCAUGUGCUACAUCCUCAUCUUCAGGAAAAUUUACAACACAAAAGCCAAUUUAUAUCGCCUCGAGGUCGACGACCCGGAGAAGAAGAAAAAAAUCUGGAGCGAGACCGUCAAAUCUUCCAAGAUGCUCUUCAUCAUCUUCCUCAUCUUCGUCGUCCUCUGGACGCCCUACGCCGUCGUCAUCGCAGCAGACGUGUCGGACACGAUGCCAACAGCCCUGCACCUGUUUGUCACCAUGUUGGCGCACCUGCACUCCAGCAUCAACUUCCUGGUCUACAUCACGUGCAACCGCAACUUCCGGUUCGCGGUGCUCAAAGUGCUGCGCUGUGGCAACUGCUCGGAGAGUAAGUCCUUGACGUCUGAGACUCGCUCGUCCAAUUUUAAGGGAACCACCAGCAUUUCUGAAACAGUUUCGACCAACUACUCCACGGCGAUUGAAAAGAGCGACUUCCUCAAGAAUGCCAGUAACUAAUCUACAGCUGGUGUUGGUCAGGGGUGGACUUGCCCGCUGAUCGACCGGGAAAAUUCAGGGGGGCCCCAGGUAAGAAAUAACGGUGGGCCCCCAUUAACGUUGCUGUAUUAGGCCUUUUUGUACUUUGAUUUAAAAAGAAAUUGUCGCUUGAAUUUCCAUCAAACUGAGGAGUAUCAUCAGACUUUGAUGGGGGAAAAUGCACAAAAUGAAAAUUGUAAUCAAGACGGGGAGGGAGGGGGGCUUUUAAAACCUCCAGGGCAUUUUGGACACAGGCAGUCCACCUCUGGCGUUAGUUAAAAGAAAAUUAAAUCCUUUCCAUCCUUUUUUUUUUACUUUUCGAAUAACAUAUUCAUUUUAAUAAUUGAAAUUAUUUAAACUAAGUAA